AUGUCUCGAGUACCCGCUCGUAAUAUCAUCGGUGAAGAAGGACAGGGUUUCAUCUAUCAAAUGCUACAGUUUCAAGACGAGCGCCUUGUGACGGCAGCUGUAUUACUUGAACCUUUACAACGAUGUAUCUCGCUUACAUCUGAAUAUGCCAGAGAGCGAAAGAUUUUUGGAAGCACCGUUUUGAAUCAGCAGACCGUCCAUUUCACAUUAGCUGAGCUCCAAUCUGAACUUGAAGCUGUGCGAGCCCUCUUAUACAGAGCGGUGCUAUCGCGAGUUAAUGGUGACGAUGUAACGCUGUUAGCCUCGAUGGCUAAACUGAAAGCUGGUAGACUGGCCCGAGUAGUAACAGACAGUUGUUUACAAUUCUGGGGCGGAAAUGGAUUCACAUGGGACAACCCAGUGUGUAGGAUGCACCGCGAUCUCCGCCUGCACUCAGUAGGAGCGGGGGCUGAUGAAGUAAUGCUUUCAAUAAUAUGCAAAUACCUGGGCAUUGCACCACAGAAAUAG